AUAAUUAGUGACUCAAUACCCACAGUAUCCUUUUAUUAGCUUGUUUAUUCGAGAGUGAUACAAAACGUAGCUCGACCAUGUGUAUAAAUAUAUAUGGUUACUUACUUAAGACAUAUCAAUCAUCAAAACAAAACCUUAAAACAAGAUUAUUUACACCUGAAACAACAGAAAAAAUGAAACCUUCUGAACCUCCGAAGCUUGUGGCUGCAUCAUCAAACAUAUCGAAUGAUCCAUCAGCAUCGGAGAAAGGAGAAGCAACAAGCCAACAACAAUCCAGCAAUGGUUAUGCACUCACAGUUGACGAGGUGAUCGAGCAACACAUUGGAGCACUUGGGUUUGCACAGAUAGUGCAUGCUCUUUUGGUCUCUAUUGCUUGGACCUUCGAUGCUCAGUCCACUCUUAUAUCCAUAUUCUCCGACGCUAAGCCCGCUGCGAGGCUUCUCACAACGGGAGCCAUCGUGGAAGGCUCGAUGUUGUGUGGGUUGUCCACCGGAGAGUGGGAAUGGGUUGGAGGAAAGAGCGACACUAUUGUUUCAGAGUGGAAUCUUAUAUGUCAACAUAAGUUCCUCGUUGCUCUUCCAUCCACUCUUUUCUUCAUCGGAUCUCUCUUUGGUUCUGGAGUUUAUGGAUAUCUUGCUGAUUCAUGGUUUGGUCGGAAAAAGACACUAUUUAUCUCUUGUCUUUUAACGUUUGUCACUGCUUUAGCGAUCUCCUUUUCUCCAAACGUUUGGGUUUACGCGUUCUUGCGUUUCGCAAACGGUUUUUUCAGAUCAGGAAUUGGUUCUUGUUGUAUCGUGCUUGCUACAGAGGUCGUCGGUAAGAAAUGGCGUGGGCAAGUAGGGCAAUACGGUUUCUUCUUCUUCACGUUAGGGUUUCUAUCUCUACCACUCAUGGGUUACUUGGAGAGAAAGUCAUGGAGAAACCUUUACAGAAUCACAUCCCUUCUUCCUCUUGGAUACGCUGUUUUUCUCUUGCCCUUUGCUUAUGAGUCCCCUCGAUGGCUUCUCGUCAAAGGACGUAACAAAGAAGCCAUGGUAGUCUUGAAGAAACUCGCGAGGCGCAAUGGGAAACAACUUCCAGCUGAUCUAAGCCUAGUCGAUCCGAUUCAAGGAAGAGAUGAUCCAUCUUUCUCGUCAUCUGAGAACUUUUGGAGGACUAAAUGGGCAGUAAAGAGGAUCGUAAUGGUGAUGAUGGCUGGAUUUGGCACUGGUUUUGUUUAUUAUGGAAUCCAACUAAACGCUGAGAAUCUCAACUUCAAUCUUUACUUAACUGUUGCGGUGAACGCUCUCAUGGAGUUUCCAGCGGUUUUCAUCGGAAGCUUCCUCUUAGGGGUCAUGAACCGUCGUCCGUUGUUCUCCAACUCAUCAUACCUAGCUGGAAUCUGUUGCUUACUCUGUGCGGUUCUCUCUCUUCACCGUGUGACCCGUGCACUACCUGUUUCCAAAUGGCUGCAGCUAGCAGUUGAGGCGGUUGGGUUCAUGGCGUCCUCAACGGCCUACGAUGUCCUAUAUGUCUAUGGCGUCGAGCUGUUCCCUACAAACGUGAGGAACUUUGCGGUUUCGCUCUUGCGUCAAGCGUUCAUGCUAGGAGCAUCUGCAGCACCGUUGCUAGUUGCAUUGGGGAGAGAAAGCGCGAUGAUGUCUUUCAUUGUGUUUGGUGUUGCGUCUGUGUUGAGUGGCGUAGUGAGUAUCUGGCUAAGGGAAACAAGAAACGCUCCACUUUAUGAAACACUGACGCAGCAGGGGAAGGCUGAAGAGAUGGAAAACGAAACAGAACACUCUUGAUCACUAGUACUGUUCAUUUCUGCGUUGUAUGUCCAAUGAUUUGAAACAUGUAAAAAACCUUUCGGUUUUCCACUAAAUUGUAUCAAACGUUGAUUGUUUAUUUUGAAAAAGUCCUAAAAAUCGAUUGGGCAGUGACUAA